AUAUUAUAUAUUAUUUAUUAUUCAUAUAUUGUUAUUGUAGUUUAGGGGUGGUUGAAUAGGGGGGUGCGCCCUACCCCUGUGCAGGCUACCCCGUAUUUGUCAGCAACCCUCAAUCACUUUACCCAUACCCCUUGAUUGGUAUUAGCUUACACCAAUUAUCACCGAGGCGAGUUAAUUGAGCUGAGUCACCGAAUAUGAUUGUGUUUAAGUAAGUGGUACUUAAGCGCUGGCUGAGUUUGCUGUAAAAUUUUGCGUCCAAUACGCAACUGUUGCAACAAUUUUCGUAUUCGGCGACUGUGGCUCUGAGCAAACGAGUUCGAGGAUAUAAAUUUGGCCACAUUUCCCAUUUCCCAUUUCUAACCUGAUUAGGAGGUUCUCUUCCCUAACUAAGUUAAUAUCCGUCAAUUGAAUUGUAAGUAUGACUGCUCCAUUAAAAUUAUAUACUGCUGCUACUCCUAAUGGAUUUAAGAUUAGUAUCUUUUUAGAAUUCUUAGGGUUAAAAUAUGAUGUACAAAAGAUUAAUCUUCGUACCAAUGAACAAAAGGAAGAUUGGUUUGUUAAAUUGAAUCCUAAUGGAAGAAUUCCAACAUUAACAGAUUCUAAUACUGGAGUUACAAUUAGUCAAACGGCAGCUAUUUUACAAUAUCUUGCCGAUACUUAUGAUAAAGAUCAUAAAUUCUCGUAUAAAUUUGGAUCUGUUGAAUAUUAUAAGCAAUUGGAAUAUUUAAUUUAUUCUGUAGCUGAACAAGGACCAAUUACUGGUCAAUUAUCUCAUUUUACAAGAGCUGCUCCAGAAAAGAUUCCUUAUGCAUUAGAACGUUAUGGUACUGAUGUUAAAAGAAUUUUAGGAGUAUUGGAUGAAAUUAUUAACAGAAAUAAAGAUAAUGGUUUAUACUUUGUUGGAACUCAUUACUCGAUUGUUGACUUUUCCGUAUUUGGCUGGGCCAGAUCAGCUGGUAAUUUAGGUAUUGAUCUUGAUCAAUGGACUUACUUGGGUAAAUGGUUUAAGGAAUUGUCUGAAGCUCCUGAAGUUAAAAAGGGAAUUGAAAUUUUACAAUAACUAAAUAAUGUAGUUAGUCAUUUAUGAGCGAUGUUACAUUAUUUAUUAUUAUUAACCAUUUAUAGGUACCCAAAACAAUAGAUAUUAAAUUAGUCUAUGUAGAAAUAAAAUGAAAUAUAUAAAUAUAUU